CUGGGUUUCUUUCUCGAAUCGAAAAAGGGAAGAACAGCUUUAUUUUUAUUCGAAUCAUUCUCGAUCCUUUUUUUUUCAUCAUCAGCCAAAAAAAUUCAGUCUUUUUCAGAAGAAGAAAGUUGCGAAAAAGAGAAAGAAAUAAAGAGAAAACCAAUUUGAAUUAUGUUUAUUUCCAACCUAAAUUCUCAAUCUUUCUUCCCAAAACUCUAAAAAUUGUCUAUUUUUAGUAAAAAUUCAAUUCCGUCUUCAAGUUGCAGAGAUUUUAGUAAGUGAAAGUUUUUUUUGUUGUUUGAAGAUGGUGUCACAUGAAGAGAACACAAGUAUUGUGGAAUGGUUUCUUGGUCCACAUCCAUACACGUAUCCGCCUUAUGGUAUUGAGAUGAUUCAUGAGGAUGAUGAAGUAGCAGUAGCUCAUCAUCAUCAUCAUCACCAGAGCGGUGAGUAUUACAGAGAGUAUGAAGAUCAUCGUAGUAGCGAUGUAGAUAACGAUGAGAUCAUUGCUAGAACUCUCCAAGACGAUUUUUUGCAGCUUGAAAUCGCAGAAAGUAACGAUUAUUCGCAUCAGAAUCAACAACAACAACAUCAACAAGAAGGUUAUACUAACAACUAUAGUAAUAACAACAAUGGUUAUGCUUGGAAUGAUCAGUCUCCUGCUGUGGAUUAUUCUUCAGAAUGGAUAGGAAAUGAUAAUGAUCAAGAUGGGAGGAGCGAUGAUUCGGUUAAUGUCUUUUCGUGUUCAAGCCCGAGUGACACGGAUGAGUAUGUAUACUCGUGGGAAUCGGAUCAGUGUGAUGCUGAUGGUGAAUUUGGAAGGAGAUUGAAUCAAAUGGUUCCCAUUCCGUAUAUACCGAAAAUAAAUGGAGAAAUACCUCCGGAAGAAGAAGCAGUUUCAGAUCAUGAAAGACUUCGGAAUAGGUUAGAGAUGUUUGACUUCACUGAGGUUAAGGUUCCAGGAGAUGGUAAUUGCCAGUUCCGUGCUUUAGCUGAUCAACUGUACAAAACCGCAGAUCGCCAUAAACAUGUUCGACGACAAAUAGUAAAACAGCUAAAAUCUCGUCCAGAUUCUUAUCAAGGAUACGUUCCUAUGGACUUCUCUGAUUAUCUAAGAAAGAUGUCUCGGAGCGGCGAAUGGGGCGAUCAUGUGACAUUACAGGCAGCUGCAGAUGCGUAUCGGGUGAAAAUAGUAGUCCUAACAUCGUUCAAAGAUACAUGUUACAUUGAAAUUCUUCCUACCUCCCAAGAAUCCAAAGGAGGUAAAGAGUUUUCUUUCACUGUAAAUUUUGUUUGUCUACUAUACCUCUCUCUUGCUGGUUAUUACAGUGAUCUUUUAUUUUGCUCUUGUUGUCUGCAGUAAUCUUCUUGAGCUUCUGGGCAGAGGUUCAUUACAACGCCAUCUACUUAAACAGAGAUACAUCUGAAACAGAGCUACAGAGGAAGAGAAAAUGGUGGCGUUUCGGAAACUAGACAGACCAUUGGAUCAUCAUCACUGGGUUACAUUAAUAUUUAUUGACUUGAGAGAGAUGUUCUUAGACAUAGUCCCUUCGUAGAGAGAGAGAGGAUGCUGAACAGAGCUCACAGCUUCAAAGCCUUACAAUAAUAUUAUUUUCUUCUUUGAAAGAAAGAAAAUUUUCUUUUAAAAAAACAGAAUUAACAAAUUAAAUAAAAUACACAAAAUUUUGAUCAUUUCCUUAUUCAGCUUGUUAACGUUCCAAAUUCUAACGGUUCCAACGAUUGAUUUUUUUCUCGUAUAUUAUAACUUCCUAAGAAAUUAACGUUAAGUAACCGAUCAAAGGCAUUGUGAAUGAAAUAAACAUAGAAAUAAUUUGCUCAAGUGAUUAUAAGCUGGCAAACCCAGAUGAUUUUAAACUGUAUCAAUCUCGACAUCAUCCAAAAGAACCUAAUUUAAGUUAAAGAAAGAAGAAAAACGAUCACUAAGAAAUCAAAAUCUAACUGUAGAGAUCGUCGUCAUCAGCUGCAGCUGCAGAAGUGGCAAAGGGAUCGGCGGCUGCAACACCAGUGGUGCGUCCGACACCAGCGGUUGAGUCAAACCUGAACUCAGAUCCAAACCCUCUGGAUUGCUGCAGCGUCUGAGCAAAAGCUUGGUACUUGCGAAUAUCAGCAUCACUCACACUUCUCCUUGCAUAUUUCAUCGACUCUUCGAAAUGAGCAGCUCUAAUCUCUGAAACUUCAUCAUCCACCAUAUCUUCCUCCAUGGCCUCUGGAUUCUGGCUCCUUCUACGCUCGUUCUCAAUAUCCU